AUGCCCCAAACGAGAGAGAUGCAUUCCAGAAUUCUAGGACCGUCGACCGGCAUCUGGAGGUCUCGAUUCGAAGCGAACUACGAAUUACCCGCAGCAAAAAGUAUGGAAGAGUUGGAACAUGAAUACAAGUCUCGUGCCAUUAUUCUCUCACGCCGGAUGGACUUUCGCGGGCGAAAGACAAACUUGAAGGAGCAGGCGUGGCUGGAAGUCAUCCAUACCAUGCUUGUCGAGUCCUUGACAAUCCCUAUCCAGCCCAGUGGCCCAAAAACAUACAACAGGUUGCGAGAAGUCAUGUCGCAGUCGAAUUUCUUGAGUCGUCCAAAGAAGCAAAGGUCAUGCGAAUUCACCUGCGCCAUCCAGUUGUCCCUCACUUCCCUAGCCUUACACCGAGAAGUUUCCGAGCCCUGCUCUCGAUAUGACUAUGAGCUCGCUAUAGCUUACUCCUUCGGAAGUGAGGCGAAUGGUCCCUACAUCACACAUAACAACCUGGACCUCAUCAAGCUAUUGCACAUCCGCAGUUUCUGGCAGCGACACCUUCUGGAGCCCGAAGAGAUGUCUUUUUAUCUCACAUUCAAGGAUCUGGCCGAAGACCACAAGCCAAAGAUGCGGAAGGGGUACGGCGCAACUGAAUCGGAGCUGAGCUCUUCGUGGAUCGGCUAUUAUUCAUGCCUCCACCCUAUGCCCCAAACCCGGACCCAGCUGAACAAGAACCCGGGCCAGACUUGCGCGGAUAUUGCCUCUCACUUAAUUGACAUCCUGUCCUUGGACUUGCAGACGACCGGUGACGAAUUCUGGCCUGUAGAAUGCAACAACUUUAUCCCCAUGAGCGAGGACCCGGAUAUUCACCGCGUCUUCUUCCAGGGAUCACAGGGUUACUACGGCCAAACGAGCGAUUUGAACCCGGUUUUCGGGUUUAAGGAGGAUAUCUCAUUUCCUUAUGGGGGUAUCCCGGGCUGGGCGCGAAUUUGCUUUGCCAUUAUUGCUACGGGGCAAGAUAUAAAUUCGUCAGACUGGGUUCACGGGUACGAGGCGAUUCUUCUUCCUGGUGGUAGGAUCAUGAUGGGGCGAUGGUUGGAUUUGAAGGAGCCGAGUGGUCGUGGGCCGUUUAUUUUCUGGGACGUGGAGGUGCCGUUCUACCUCUAG